AUUUACUUUGCUUAAACUUAGAGUGAUUUGUUUAAUAUUGAAGGGGUCUUCACAAGGUGCGAGUUAUCUAUAUUUCAAACCUCAGUGGCACUGUUUCAAAGAAAUUAUAUCUUUUAGGAUAGUUAAAAUUAUGAAAAUAUAAAAGCAAAGUACUGAAGUAUUUCAAAUGAAUUAUUAGUAAAUAAUUUAUUAUUGAUAAUCUUAAAGAAUCAGAAAAACGUUUUAUUCGAUUCACAAAGUUGAACAUUUACAACUGAUCUUUCUCCGACGCCAUUUUUCUUUGUUUUUGCAUCUUCUGAAAUACAGAUUCCCUAAUCACUUACACAAUGGCUGAUGAUAAUGUGCAAGAUGAAUUAUUGGACUACGAUGAAGAGGAAGGGCAGGAACAAGUAGCUGAUGGUGCCGGAGGAGAUGCACCUAAGAAGGAUGUCAAAGGAACCUACGUUUCCAUCCACAGUUCUGGGUUUAGAGACUUCUUGUUGAAACCAGAGCUUCUUCGUGCCAUAGUUGAUUGUGGUUUUGAGCAUCCCUCUGAAGUCCAGCAUGAGUGUAUCCCACAAGCCAUCUUAUCCAUGGAUGUUCUAUGUCAGGCCAAGUCUGGAAUGGGGAAAACAGCUGUGUUUGUGUUGGCAACUCUACAACAGUUGGAGCCAGUAGAUGGCCAAGUGUCUGUAUUGGUUUUGUGCCAUACCAGAGAACUGGCCUUCCAGAUUAGCAAAGAAUAUGAGCGUUUCAGCAAAUAUCUCUCUGGACUCAAGUGUGCCGUCUUUUUUGGAGGCAUGUCCAUUAAGAAGGAUGAGGAAACACUGAAGAAGGACUGUCCCCAUAUUGUUGUUGGAACACCGGGUCGUAUAUUGGCUCUAUCUCGUAACAAAGAUCUCAACUUGAAACACACAAAACACUUCAUCCUUGAUGAAUGUGACAAGAUGUUAGAAGCUUUAGACAUGAGGCGUGAUGUACAAGAAAUCUUCAGGAUGACUCCACAUGAAAAACAAGUGAUGAUGUUCAGUGCCACCCUUGGCAAAGAUGUCCGACUUGUUUGCAAGAAGUUCAUGCAAGAUCCCAUGGAGGUAUAUGUGGAUGACGACUCCAAGUUGACGCUCCACGGUCUACAGCAGCACUAUGUCAAACUCAAGGACAAUGAGAAGAACCGCAAGCUCUUCGAACUUCUCGAUGUACUAGAGUUCAAUCAGGUGAUCAUCUUUGUUAAGUCUGUACAGAGAUGUGUGGCCCUUUCCCAGUUACUUGUGGAGCAGAACUUCCCUGCUAUUGCAAUACAUAGAGCUAUGCCCCAGGAAGAAAGGUUGUCACGGUACCAGCAGUUCAAGGACUUCUCAAAGCGCAUUCUCGUGGCAACCAAUCUGUUUGGUCGUGGUAUGGACAUUGAGCGUGUCAACAUUGUUUUCAACUAUGACAUGCCAGAGGAUUCUGAUACUUACCUUCACAGAGUUGCCCGUGCUGGUAGGUUUGGUACCAAAGGUCUUGCUGUGACAUUUGUGUCUGAUGAGACUGAUGCUAAAGUUCUCAAUGAAGUCCAGGACAGGUUUGAAGUGAACAUCACUGAACUCCCAGAUGAGAUUGACAUAUCUUCAUACCUUGAAGGCCGAUAAAUCCCCCUCCCUCACAGGAACAAACAGUGACACUGAUAUGGAUCCAGUUAAAUCUCAAAUGACCAUAAUUUUAAACUGUAUCAUACAUUUGUACAUAAAAGAAAUGGGAUAUAAUAUAUCAACUGGGUUACAUUACAUCUAGUGUAGGACCACACUACUUAUCAUGCAAGAUAUUUCAUCGUGCAACUCAUACAAGAAUCUUCAUAAUUGUACAAAAAAGAGGAGCAAAUAACAUCUGCUUGGAGGGUAACUUUACUCGGAAACAUUGAAAUUAUUUUCUUGGACACAUAGAGGGCUUCUUACUCAGAAACAUUAACCAGUGAUAAUUGAUGUAUACAGCGUAUUGGAAAUUUGUUUAAUGAUAUGUUUUAAAGUGGAAAGAACAAUCAAAAACAGUGUAUAUUCUGAUCUUACAAUCAGCUAGAACUUUUCAUUUUUGCUCAAAUUAUGUGCGAGUGAUCAAUAAAUGUGCUUCGUUUUAGUUAUAAUUAAUUAUCUUAGGACAAGAAGUCGCAUUCAGUUUUGUAUGGUAGAUGUUGGGUUUUAUUCAUUGUAAGAUAAUAAAUUAUUCUUUAUAUUGUUUGUAAGAGAUGAUGUAUUGGAAAAAUGUAUACUUAAAGAAAUAAUAAAUAUUUUGUAAAUAAUGAAA